AUGGCGGACAUCAAAACGGGAAUAUUCGCUAAAAAUGUGCAGAAGAGGCUGAACAGGGCGCAGGAGAAGGUGCUGCAGAAGCUGGGAAAAGCCGACGAAACCAAAGAUGAACAGUUUGAACAAGUUGUCAUCAACUUCAGGAGGCAAGAGUCUGAAGGUUCGCGCCUGCAGAGGGAGAUGAAGGCCUACAUGGCUGCUAUUAAAGGAAUGCAACAGGCUUCUAUCAACCUGACGCAGUCCCUACACGAGGUCUACGAACCCGACUGGCACGGAAAAGAUGACGUCUUGACUAUCGGCAAGGACUGUGAUGCACUGUGGGAAAAUUUCCACAACAAGCUGGUGGACUCGACACUGCUGAAUCUGGACGGAUACUUGCUCCAGUUUCCUGACCUGAAGACUCGUGUGGCCAAAAGAAGCCGAAAACUCAUCGACUACGACAGCGCACGUCACCAUGUAGAAACGCUGCAGAUGUCCGGCAUGAAAAAUGACCGCAAAAUGCUGAAGGCCGACGAGGAGCUGAGAAAGGCCCAGAGAGUGUUCGACGAGCUCAACGUUGGUUUGCAAGAUGAACUUCCGACUCUCUGGGACAGCCGAGUUGGGUUCUACAUCAGCACCUUCAAGAGCGUGACCAGUCUGGAAGCCAAAUUUCACCGGGAGAUUUCGCUGGUGUGUAAGCAGCUAUAUGAAGUGAUGAUGCAACUUAGCGAACAACACGCUGACAAAAUGUUCACCAUCCAAGGAGCACCGAGCGAUUCGGGACCGCUGCGUCUUGCUCGGACGCCGUCGCCACCAGAAGACGAAAGCCCGCCCGAGAGUCCGGAAGCCACAGCCUCCAAUCACACGCUGCGCCCGGUCUCUCCCGGACCUCCACGCCCCAAAUCUCCCAUGCAGAUGAAAAAGGGCCCUCCAGUGCCUCCGCCCCCCAAAGUCACCCCUUCCAAGGAGGUGGUGGAGGAGCAAAUCAUAGACCUGUUUGGAGGAGAGUUUUUACCAGCGCCGUCGCCAUCCCAGCCCAAUGAGAGGCCAGGAGAAUCUCUCCUCGAUCUCGAUUUUGACGCCUUCCAACCAGAUGAAAGUGUGUCGCCAGUACCGCAGACUGCUGUGCCUUGGGAUACGUGGUCGGCUCAGCCAGCCCAGACUGCUUCAGAAGGCGGGUUUGUCCCUGACUGGUCAGCAGACUUUGGUUCGGCGGCUACUGACGGGGAGGCCACAGCAGGGGAGGUCGCCGCAGGGGAGGCAUCUGAGGGGGCAGAGGGCGGGGAUCACCAAGGCAACGGAGAUGAGCUUCCUCCUCCUUCCAAGGACAGUGAGGCAGCCGAGGAUGAGGAUGCCACUGGCCCAUCAUUCUUUGCUGAUUUUGAUAAAAUGAAUGAAGUAAAAGCUGGAGCGGUUGAUGCUUCGGAGAUGCCAAAUUCAGAGCCUGAUGCUGGUGAAGAAGUGCCCCCGGCAUCCCUGGUUGAUGAAGAAGCAGGAAGUUGUGCCGCUCCGCUGGACGAAAAGCCCUUUGAAUCUGUUUCUGUUCCAGAAGAAAAGAAGGAAAGUCCUGUGGACGAAACUUCGGAAACCAUGCCCAUCCCAUCUGUGGUGAUCGAGCCAGCCUCGAGCAACGAAGGUGAUGACGAUCGCGACGCGGACAUAAUCUCACCGUCUGCUAUUAGCGACAAUGGCGCAGUGUCCGACAAGCAACCAGUCAAAAACCCGAGUUCGUGUCCAGGGGGACUCCCUGACGACUUCAUGUACAAGGUGGAGACGAUGCACGACUUCGAGGCAGCCAACAGCGAUGAGCUGGACCUGAAGCAAGGCGACGUGGUUCUGGUGGUUCCCACCGCCUCGGCGGAGGAUCAGGAAGCCGGCUGGCUGACGGGAUUUAAGCAAAGCGAUUGGAUGACGCUAGGAAGCAGAGCUCAAAAGGGACUUUUCCCGGAAAACUUUACUCAACGUUUGGAGUGA